AUGGUGUCUGCUUCUGCUGCUGCUGCUGCUGCUGCUGCUGCUGCUGCUGCUGCUGCUGCUGCAUCUGCUGCUGCUGCUGCUGCUGCUGCUGCUGCUGCUGCUGCUGCUGCUGCUGCUGCUGCUGCUGCUGCUGCUGCUGCUGCUGGGUUAGCUUCCGAGACGGUUACUUGCGCCAUGCAGUGACAGUCCUGUGAAAAAUCUUCGCAGGUCUCUUGGUUGACUUGCAAAUGCCUGCAAGAAGUCGGUGGGAUAGAAAAUGGUGAAUUUGUAGUAACCAAGCAGCGAGAGUAGAUGAUCUGUGCGCUACCGUCAUCGGGUCAGAUCCCAUAUUGGAAGGGAGAAGACGGAAGGCACCAAAAUGAGGGGUUUAUUGUGCAGAAAACCCGGAAUUUUCCUCUCAGGCGACAGUGGCUACUGGCGAAGCUAGGGCUGAUGUUGACUGCGUCCAGUCAGGCCUGAGAGUCCCUGAGAUAGUGGUGGCAGCCGCUGUUGUAGGCUCGUGGGCCAAGCUCAAGUGGUGUCCAGUCAGUGUGUGUUGCAUUUGCCAAGGGGUGGUGUCCCAGUGGCUUGUUUUGCUGGUUGCAGGAGGUGGCACGUCUAAGUGUCCGCAUGGGCAGCUGCGACUGCGCGGACGCAGGUAUGCCCGAGCUGUUGGUCGUGCGACUUCAGGUCAGCUCGUCUGGGACGGCUCGCUGCAAGGGGUGAAUGACCUUGAGGCAGCGAGGUCUUGAACAAUGACGCCAGACCAGUUAUGACGGCUGGCUGCCACAAAUUGUAGCGCCGUUUGCUGCAAAUACCUCUAUCAACGUCUUUGAUUUCGUCAUGAGGAGAAUGUCGCAGCGAUUCUAGACGGAGAGCUGUUAUUGGCAGAUGAAAUGACUGACAUGGGAGACCAGACCUGCGACUCCGUCGUCGACCUUGGUGUGUCUUGCGGUAGUCUCCCUAGGCGUGCAAAAUCGCUUAAUGAUGUGUGACGAUUCUGUUGUCGUGUGCCGUGGGCUCACUGUAUUAAUGAGAUGGCGUCAAACGAUACACGCACAUCGCCUUUCUCGUGUUAAUGAUCAGUCCGAAGUUUGAGUGAUUACAGGCAAAGGGGCUGCAGAGACUGGCCUUGAAUACUUCAAAUGUUCGUUCUCCGAGGGGUUAUUAUUCUUUGAGAUUUCCGCACUCUGGAUGCGCCUGCAGUCAACCGGAUUUUAGAAAAUUGAAUUACAGACGGCAAUAUUCGCAUCGUCACCAAUUUACAAGACCACCUUCGCUGAACGUGGACUUCGACACCGGCACUUCUGCAUACGGGCUCAAAAAGACCAAUCUUCCAGCAAACGAAACGUCUAGAACAAUUUUCUCAAAGGCUGAGUUUCACUUCGAAACUUAGACAUUGGCUCUACCCUUGCUUCAAAGUUUUAGCUUCAAUUUCUGUUAACUGAAGUACCGUUGAAUUCGACUGGGUUUCUGUUGUCUGAAGUCUCGAAGCAUUCGCUUAGAUUUCCGUUGCCUAAAGUUUCCCAGACACCUGAAACCCUUAGGCCUUCUUUUGAUUGUGUCUGUCUCCGGCUGCCAACCUUUUGGCUGUUGUUGCAUCCCUGACUUUGGCGCAUAAAGACAUGGGGAAUGUGGAAGAGUACGAUCCAUCAGUCCCGCGGGAGGAAGAAAGGCGGUGGGGGGCGGGAGUCGAUCCUCCCCUCAGGAGGUGAGCGCUUAAAGCCCUCGACAAUCGACGCCGACGGCAUACCUCAAAGAAUAUUAAUUGUAUUAGCCCCAUAGUUCGAGGAUACGUCGGACUUGGCCAUGAACAUAGUACGCUAGCAACUCCAUGUGGACCAGCGUCGAUUCACGUCGGGCAGGGAGGGUCUAACGAAUGUAGUACGCCAGAAGUGGAUCAAAACAGGACGGAGGUGGCCCGCGACGCAUUUUAUCCCGGGAAAUCCGCUACGACUACACAGGAAUUUCUACCAGAUGCCGAACCUUCAAAUUGUUGUGCGCGGUGUAACUAUUGUCUAGAUCUCGCGUUAAACAUAACAUCAUUGGAGACGAACAUGAACCUCCUCAUAGACCUCAUUGCAUUGUUACUAAAGUAUGAUAAAUUCAGGUCAAUUGGUGAAUUCAGCAGCAGCCAACAAAUAGUUUCGAAACUGACAGAAUUGACUAACAGCAACCCACUAAUAGAGGGACCACCGUUUCAGGAAAUCGCUGGCUGCAGAAAUAAACAGAGUGCUAAGAGAAGAGGUAAACGAAAACAUGAACAUCCAGCCUCACCCUCACCAAGAGCGGUGGUAAACGACACUCCAAAAUUGCAAACUAAGUUGGGAAGUGAUAAUGGCAGUGCACGCUCAUCAUUGAUAACUACCCAGCUGAAGAACAAUGACCAGCUAACUGGCAGAGUAGAAGCUGUCCGAUCUCCACCACAGAAGAAGGUAAAAGGAUUGGACAUAGAAAAGACUACCGCAUGGACGGAAACCUCAGAGGAAAUCGCGGAAAAUAUGACAAGGCAUGAUAUUAAUCCGCCGCAGAAGAGCAGAAAGCAGAUGAUCAUCGCCCCCCGCAAUGAGACCGAGGAGAAGCAGGCAAUUAAUCAUAAGACUCAGACCGCUCACAUGCAACUGAGGUCACAUUAAAAGAUACAGUUAAAAGAAAAGGGACUGAUGAGUGAAAAGGCAGAGACAGAAAUCGGACGACUUCGGAGUACUCGAAGUAAAGAACUUCCUAGGGUAGAAAGGCAGAUCUCGUCUGAGCAAUCGACAGAAACCUCCAGCGGCGGCGUAGACACAGACGCGGCAAAUGCGAAUAUCAUCUUUAUUGAUAUAAAAGACAGGAACAGUAUUGUCACAAACACGAUGCCAUUAGUUGAAGAAAAUAUCCCUGGAGUGGAUGGCAACGAGAAUAUCGUCAUGAAUGGUUCGCAAGGAACUCCCAAGUCACCCAUAUCACGCAACAAAUACCGGCCGCUCGGAGAACAGUGCCUAGCAAUACAGGGACUCCAGCAGCCACUCGCAGACACACCUAAAGGACGCGUAUUGGUUGAUCUCGGCUUGUUCUAAGGUCUUAUAAAUACAUUGCUUCAACCCAACGAAGAAGUUUCAGUGUUGAAAGCCUUCAGACUCGGAAAGCGCUCUACUGAACCCGCUAUUCCACCGCAUCCUAGGCCCCUUAAAAUUGCUCCGAGUUGCAAAGAGCAUGUUGAUCUCAUCCUCUCAGGACGUUUUAGGUUAACAUAUUCCCACCAAGGAGUUUUUUUCAGCCGGAUUACACACCACCGGAGUGGAUAAAACGCCGACAGUUAGUCCAGGAGCUAAGGCUGCGACAAAGGAAUGGCGAACAAAGCCUGGUUAUCUACAACAACUGCAUAAUCGAGCGACCGUUCCGGUUUAUAUGGACACGGCCCGUGCGUGUGUCGCCACAACCGAGGCAAUUGUCAAAGGCGGCGUCAUAGCCGGCUUACCAAAGGCAAAAAAGCUAAAAUGCUUAUAUUCUAAUGCGCAAAGUCUGCUAUCUAAAUUAGAUGAGCUUAAGAUCGACGUUAACCAAACUUUACCCGAUGUAAUAUCCAUAACUGAAACGUGGCUGUCCGCGAGCGUAGACGAUCGCGAAGUCGCUUUAUUCGGUUAUCACUUGUUCAGAAAGGACAGGUUGGAACGUCAAGGUGGAGGUGUGCUUAUAUAUGUCAAAUAUGGCCUUUUUGCGUCAGAAAAAGAGGGACAGCUCGCGCGCACAACUGAAAAAAUUUGGUUCACCAUCAAAACGCCGGGGUCACAACCUCUCGAGAUCCUGACGGUCUACCGCCCACCGAGGAACGACUCACAAUCAGACAGUAGUCUACUAGAGGAAUUAGAAGCGAUUUCGAUCCGACCAAAUGUCAUGAUUAUGGGCGACUUUAACGCUCCGAAUAUCGACUGGAAUCUGACUUCUGCCUCAGGCUCAGAAUUUAACUUUGAUCGCCGCCUCCUAAAUUCUGUGCAAAGAUCGCAUCUCACACAACACGUCUUAUCCCCAACCAGACUACGUGAAGGACAACUAGCUAACUGCCUAGACCUUGUAUUGACAAAGGCACCGGAAAGCGUUGAUGUUGUAAACUGUCUACCCCCUCUCGGAAAAAGCGACCAUGUAGUCCUACAGUGAGAGUAUUUUCUCUUCUCUGUACCUGAUCAAGACAUCGAGAUCAGACGCAACAUAUGGCGUGGUGACUUCAACCAAAUGCGCCUCGACAUGCGUCGUAGAGACUGGAAAGCAGCAUUUACGGGGUGUGUCCUCAAGGACUGGCUAGAACUUAAGGCCAUACUGAAUGAACUUAUCACCAGAUACUGCCCAAUAUCGAAAAAGAAAAUCACCAGCAGGCCCCGAUGGCUAAAGUGUUCCCUAAAAGUUGAAGUAAACUGUAAGUAAAAGCUGUGGAAAGCUUAUCUUAGGGAUAAGACAAUCCAAUAAAGGAAUAGGCACAAGGCUCAACGGAACAGGGUAAAGUGCCUUGUUUACAAAGCCCGCCAAGACUUCGAGGGUAACCUUUUAAACUGUGCAAGAGAAAAUCCAAAGCUUUUCUUCAACUACAUAAGACAAAGAACUCGCAACAGGGAUCCCAUGCCUAUUGUUAAAAAGAGAUGAUGGCGUUGAACUUUACAAGGACGACGAAAAGGCUGAGCAUCUACCCUGGUUCUUUCAGUCGGUUUUUAAGAGAGAGGUCGCUGUACCCGCUGAUCACUAUAAUGUGGACAAUGUCCCGACAACUGAUUCAGUGUUCCUCACAAAAGUUAUUGUUCAACAGGAAUUACUGAAGCUAAAAGAAGCAACAUCGCCCGGUCCUGACGAAAUACCGGCAAAGUUGUUGAAGGAAUUAGCCACAGAAUUGGCAGAGUCUCUGUAUCUCGUCUUCCAAGCCUUCAAGAAGGCCUUUGACAGCGUGCCACAUCAACGUCUCCUUUACAAGCUGAGCCGCAUAGGGGUAAGGGGCAAGCUUUUGAAAUGGAUUGAAAACUUUUUGAUCGGUCGGUCUUAGAAUGUCCGUCUUGGUGGCCAACAAUCGGCAUAGGUGACGGUUACGAGCGGAGUACCUCAGGGCUCCGUUCUUGGCCCUAUCCUCUUCCUCAUUUAUAUUGAUGACUGCAUCCAUGGUUUGGACUGCGACAUUGCUAUGUUUGCUGACGAUAUAAAGCUUUGGACCGUCAUCCGCAACGAGAACGAUGAAGCAAAUUUACAGGCAAACCUAGACCGACUCGAACAAUGGUCAGGCCACUGGCUCCUCCCAUUUAAUUUUACCAAAUGCAACAUUCUGAGGAUUGGCAGAACCAGCUCUGCGCAUCGGCAGACGUACUAUCUAAAUCACACACCGCUGCCACUGGUAGAGGUUCAGAAGGAUCUAGGUGUGUGGAUAACAUCUUUACUAAAGCCAUCAUUCCACUGCUUGAAAGCAGCGAAAUCCGCAAUGUCGAGCUUAUACCUCAUCAAGCGGGCGUUUGCCAAGUUCGACGAAGAGUGCUUUCGCAAGGUCUUCGGGAUGUUUGUGCGUCCACAGUUAGUAUUUGCCAUUCAGGCUUGGAGACCCUGGACUGUAAAGGAUACUACCACUCUCGAAAAAGUCCAACGACGGGCAACCAAGCUUGUCAGAGGUCAUGAAAACCUACCUUACGAAACUAGACUGUCAAAUCUUAACCUCUUUCCCCUGGACUACAGACAACUUAAUUCAAACAUUUAGAAUGCUACGGGGUCAGGAUUGCUGUUUCGCGUCCGGCGACUUCUUUCAACUGGCCACCACAACAAGCUUGAGAGGACACCCUCUGAAACUACGCGUGGCAGGGGCGAGACUGGACGCAAGGAGGUCCUUCUUCAGCCACAGACUGGUAAAGGCAUGGAAUGCCCUGCUUGUGGACGUCGUCAUGUCCUCAUCCGUGGACUCGUUUAAGAGCAAGCUUGGCCAGUACAGGGAAAUGCACCUCCACAGCAUCAGAAACUAUCAAAUUUCCUCCCUGUACCAUCCGCCCUCACUCAGCGUUUUACGUUAUAAAGCAUGCUACUCCCUAUUUUUUACUAACCUUACGUUUUAACAUUUUCGCUUUCUCCUGACCGCAGCAUAUUCGCUUGCUUCGAUAUUACUUGGUUCAUUCACUACCUUACUGGAUAUUGUACAAUUUUGACAUAGUAGGCAUUCGCAGACGAAGUUAUACCAGUGGCCAAACUUGUUGUAUGUAAUUACUUACUUAGUUUUCUUCGACAUUUGCCUUGCACAUUGUUUUUUUUGACGUUAUUGUAACCAAAAGGGAGUUCAGAGACGCUCGUCUACCUUGCCCUUAAUAAGUCUGAUCUGAACUUUUGCCUGUCGUCGGUUCGGAAGCUGACCUGCAUUUCAGUCCAUGCCACACGAUAGACAUCCAUAAGCAGGGUGGAGAACAUAAGGCUAAAGAGGGUAGGAGCGAGUGCACAGCCCAACAUCCCCUCACUAGUUAGUUAGGCCGGUGAACAAUUCCGGACGGGGAUGCGUGAACACGCACCUGCCGAUGGGCAAGACGGCAAAGUGCUCCCGAUGACUGCUCACUCAUCUGAAUCAGAGCGCGGGUUCGAUUUAGACCAUUUGACAGUGUUAUGCCGACCGGAUUUCACGCUAGCGGAUGAGUAUGUCUCCCAUUAGUGGCAACUAAUUCAACCAGCAUAUCAAACUGCCGCUCGCUUUCGAUAUGCUAGGCGAAAAAAAUGAACAAGAAUUAGCAAUCCUUUGCCCGCAGAGAUUAAUUCUAGUUUUAAAAAUUACGUCUUUCUACGCAAGAAUAAGCAGUUUUCCUUAGUUCUAGGUGAUAUGAAUACUCUCUUUCCCAUCAUCUUCAGGCAGGGAUGAAGACGACUGUCCUGGUUCAUCUACGCUAUGUAACUUUUCCUAGUCCAUGAUUCCCCUCUUUUAGUACAUGGUGCGGUAUGAUUCGAUCAAAAUGUUAAAAAGUGGGCCUAGAUGGGGAUCGAGGUUGACCAAGCUUAAAAUGUGUAUUUUGAAUGAUUGCAAUUUCCUUAUUUUUCACGACUACACCUGGUCUGUGUUCUUCUCUCUUUUGAAAAGCUACAAAUAAUAUGCACCUUCUGACGGGUGAAUAGGUAAAUUCUUGUAAGGUAGUCCCACCCACAAUCUUUUCAAAUAAAUAUCUCGAAGACGGAAUUUCCUCCGAGGGGUCUCAAGGAUGUUCAUCAAUACGGCUUCCCAAUUCCUGGCUGAGACAAGGAGAAAAACUACCCGUCCCUUCGACGUGGUUCCAUUAUUCACAUCGGGCCUGACACGCAAAGUUCUAUGCAAACGGCUCGAGGAAAAGUGUGAAGAAACAAGGAGACCUCUAAAAAUAGACCAUUUACUGCAAUUCUUUUUCUUCUGUCGAUGGAUAUUUAGCAACGGUAGGAUGAAGGGCCCCAAUUAGUCACCGAAAUACUGUGAAUCGUCUCAUAUGAAUAUCGUGGUAAUGGGGGAUUUUACGCUGCAAAGUAGGCUGACGGGGUGCAGGAAAACACAGAAGAGGGUCGGUGACAAAAACGAUGCUUUCGGGCAAAAUUAUGAAUGUAUCCAGCUGGAUAUUCCAUGAGGCUCAAUCUUAAAAAAGUGCCCGACCAUUGGACAACCGAAUCUAUCCCCUGACAGACAUUUCUGUCAUCCGCAUUCUGUUUCUCCGCUCUCGGGUACAACUACCAGUCAUGGGCACACAGUUAGAUUUCGCAAGUACAUACAUCAACACACGACCCAGAUUAUAUCAACAGCUAAUUAUGCUACUUCACCAUACCGUUCCCAAGACGUACUUUACUUUCGAUGGAACAAUAUACGAGCAUGUGGAGGGCACGCCAAAAUAUUCGCCGAUCUCGAGACUCGAAGCCAAAGCGAUUCUAAGACGGUUGAAGUCUCUUGUUUUCUGGCACCGCAGACCGACCUUCUGGGUUCAAUAUGCGGAUGAUAUCGUCGUCGUCAAAAAGCGUCUCAACGCCGUCUUCCCAGACAUUCAAUUUACGAUGGAGGAGGAGGAAAACAAUCAGCUGGCCUUCCUGGAUGUCCUCGUCUGCCACAAAGAUUGUGGUGGCCUAAAAACCAAAGUGUUCAGGAAAGCGACAUAUACGACGCAAGUACUGAACUUCAACACUAACCACCCGAUCGGUCACAAACGCAGUUGCGUAACGACGCUAUAG